AGCGAAGCGCUAUCAAGCGCAUGCGACUACCAGCGACGUCCAUAUUAAUCUGUUUAUGUAUAUUUCCAAAUAUUAAAACUUUCUCAAAGGCUCGUUUAACUGCGAAGAUUUGUUAUUUAUAUUUUAAUUACAAUCGAAAUGGAUUCUUAUGUAAUGCAGAUUCGGCGAGUCUGGCUUAAUCAGGAUGGAGAAGCAUUGGCGGACCUCUUAUCCCUGCGACACAGUCAUGUCUCGAUACCUCAAAUUGGAUCAGAAACUGCCAUAAACAAGGCCAUGGAACACUUAUCUGCUCCAUUAGAUGACCUGGUACUUUGCCACUUAAAGGCUGCAUCCGCUAUGAAUAAGAAUGAUCCAUUGGCUAUGUACAAUUAUCAGAGUUCAGCUGUACAAUGUCUGGCAAAGAUUCUACAAAUACAAAAAGAGGAAAAUUGGAUGUUGCCAGUAAUGAAUGUAAUGUGUCUGGAACUAAGAUUGUCAGCAAUUGGUGCAGAAAAAUCAAAAAACAAUAAAAAUGUAAAGCAUGGUGAAGUAUUAGAGAAGUGCGCCGAAUGCUUGAUGGCUUGUUUUCGGGUUUGUGCAGCUGAUAGUAGAAGUUCAGAAGAAGAUACAAAACGAUGGGGAAUGCUAGCUUUGAUCAAUCAGUUACUGAAAGUAUAUUUCAGGAUUAAUAAAUUACAUUUGUGUAAACCUUUGAUACGGGCCAUAGAAUCUUCCCCUUAUAAAGACCACUUUGCAUUGGCACAUCAGAUUACUUACAAAUUUUUUGUUGGCCGGAAAGCAAUGUUUGACAGCGAUUAUAAAGUUGCUGAUGAGUAUUUGACUUACGCGUUUGAGCGUUGUCACAUACAAUGCUCCAAAAACAAGAGAUUGAUCUUGACUUAUCUUGUACCUGUUAAGAUGCUAUUGGGCUAUAUGCCUAAACAAAGUCUCUUAGAGAAGUAUAAUUUAAUGGAAUUUUGGGAGCUGAUGGAAUCUGUAAGGAAAGGAGAUUUACGUUCUUUAGAAGGAGUAAUGGCAAAACACGAGGCUUUUUUUAUAGACGCAGGCAUAUAUCUAAUCGUGGAAAAACUCAAACUGAUCGCAUACAGAAAUUUAUUCAAAAAAGUAUACUUGGCGCUGAACACACAUCAGAUACCAGUGUUGAGUUUGCUCGUAGCAUUACAGAUGUACGGAAUGGAGGAUAUAGAUAUGGAUGAGACAGAAUGUCUUCUCGCUAAUUUGAUAUACGAAGGCAAGAUUAAAGGCUACAUAUCUUAUCAGCAUAAAAAAUUGGUUAUAUCUAAACAAAAUCCUUUUCCACCGUUAUCUACCAUUAUACCGUAAACUAUCAUAAUUGUGUAACUGUAAUCGCUGUUAUUUUAACAAUAAAUUAUUUUCUACGAUGUUAUAAUAUAAUCUCAAUGAUAAGGAAAA